GGGCCGCGCAUGCGCACUGAGACACUUCCGCAUCGCGCACUUCCUCAUCGCUGGGCUGCGCCCCGUCCGCUGUUUAUCUCUUUAUUAUAAAGAUUCAUAAAGUGUGUCUCAGGAUCUCAGGAUGUCCAAACCUCCUCCUAAACCCGCCAAGCCAGGUCAGGUGAAGGUGUACCGGGCGUUGUUCACCUUUGACCCUCGGACGCCUGAUGAGCUUUACUUUGAGGAAGGAGACAUCUUAUACAUCUCAGACACAAGUGACAGUAACUGGUGGAAGGGAACAUGUCGAGGAAGAACUGGUCUCAUACCCAGCAACUACGUGGCCGAACAGGCGGAGUCCAUCGACAACCCAAUGCAUGAAGCGGCCAAGAGAGGGAAUCUGAGCUGGCUCAGGGAGUGUUUGGACAAUAGGGUCGGCAUUAACGGACUGGAUAAAGCAGGAAACACUGCGCUGUACUGGAGCUGCCAUGGGGGACACAGAGAUGUAGUGGAGCUGCUACUUUCCCAGCCGAACUGUGAGGUCAAUCAGCAGAAUAAACUGGGAGACACGGCUCUGCACGCUGCUGCCUGGAAAGGGUACUCAGACAUCGUGGAGAUGCUGUUAAACAAGAAUGCCAGAACAGACGUGUUGAAUAAUGAGAAGAAGACGGCGCUGCAGAUGGCCACUAACGCUCAGUGUGCGUCUCUGCUGAAGAGGAAGCAGGGCAGUGUCAUCACGCGCACACACAGCAAUGCUGAGGAGUAUCUGGACGAUGAAGACUCUGACUGAGAGCCGAAAACCAGAAUUAAUAACAUUCCAUCACCAAAUACUGUGUGUGUACACAUGUGUGUGUGUGUGUCUGUCUGUGAGAGGUAGAGUAAAUAUUUGUUGCAACUUCUGAAUUAAAUUUUAAAUUCAAGUUUCUGUACCAGUUUAUUGGUGCUGCUUAUGAUGGGUGGGCGUGUGUGGGGGAGGGGUGUGUGUGUGUGUGUGUGUCUGUGUGUGUGUUUAUUUUGUACUAACUGAAUGGUUGUGAGGUUUUUGGCAUGUUUUUUGGAGUUAAAGCUUUAAUAACUGCGCUAAUAAAACACUUUACACUUUCAA